GGCAGAGUGAAGACCGGAAGUGUCGCGCUGAGCCGAGUUUCGCUGCAGUCAGGUACCCGGAAGUAGUGUGUCUGUUACUGAGGAUGGAGCCCAGUGUCAGUUAUAGUGCGAGAAUGGGCAAUGGCUCAUGAAGAGCAGGACCGUGUAUUCAGAUCACUUCCUCCUCCUAUUGUCUGCUGCCACCACUAAGCUGUACUUGGUCUACAGGAAGAAGUGCUCGCUUUGGAACUUUAGGAAAAACUAGCUGGUAGAGCUGAGGCCCAGAGGUGAUUUUUUUUGAUCUGUCCUUAUGCUGUAUAUCCAGGACGACGUCUACAAAGAAUAUGUAAACAUGAUGAUGAACAUAGUCCUUCUGUCGAUGAUUCUUUGCAUAUCUUUGUCUUUCUGGAUAAUAUCUAUAACUGCAAGUAAUUAUUAUGGUACACUGCGUCCAAUUUCGCCAUGGCGUUGGUUGUUUUCUGUGAUUGCUCCGAUUAUUAUUGUGUCACGUGGCUUAAAAAAGAAGAGCUUGGAUAAUAGUGGAGCUCUUGGAGGGCUGUUGGUCGGGUUUCUCCUCACUAUCGCCAACUUCAGCUUUUUCUCAGCUCUUCUUAUGUUUUUUUUCACUUCCUCUAAACUUACCAAAUGGAGAGGAGAAAUGAAGAAGCGAUAUGAUCCCGAAUACAAGGAAGGAGGGCAACGAAAUUGGAUGCAGGUAUUCUGUAAUGGUGGUGUCCCAGCAGAGUUGGCUCUGCUUUACAUGGUGGAAAAUGGUCCUGGUGAGAUUCCGAUUGACUUUUCCAAGGAGUACACAGCUUCAUGGAUGUGUCUGUCACUUCUGGGAUCUCUUGCCUGCUCAGCCGGAGACACAUGGGCUUCCGAGAUAGCUCCGGUUCUUAGCAAAAGUCCUCCUAGAUUGAUAACAACAUGGGAAAAGGUUCCAGUGGGUACAAAUGGAGGCAUUACAUUCAUAGGUCUCACAGCAAGUUGUUUAGGAGGCUUCUUUGUUGGCUUAGCUUACUUUGUUACUCAGCUUUUGGUUGUCAGUGAUUUAGAAAUUUCAGCCCCUCAGUGGCCUCUAAUUGUGUACGGAGCUCUGGCUGGUUUUCUUGGAUCUGUGCUAGACUCUUACCUUGGAGCAAUAAUGCAGUACUCGGGGUAUGAUGAAAGCACAGGGAACAUUGUUAAUCAUCCAACCAGUGAGGCAAAAUUUAUUUCUGGGAAGCCCAUACUGGACAAUAAUACGGUGAACCUGUUUUCUUCAAUCCUCAUAGCGCUGCUACUGCCUGGAGUUGCUUGGAGUUUUUGGCCAAGGACGUGACUGAUUUUAUAUUAAGUGCGAUCAAAGCACUGAAUGGACUUUGGAAAAUGGACAGAGACUUGCUAUCCGUCAUUGUUUUGUAGUAUUGUGGCUAUUUGCCAUAAUGUGUUUUUUUUUUGUUUUUUUUUUAACUUAAUCACUUUUAGAAAGGACAAUUGGACAUUGAUUUUGUACACUACUUAUAAUAAGUACAGCCCACAGUUUUCACAUGCAUUCCCCCGUGUUCCAGCACUUGAUUUAUGCACUAUUGCAGAUAACAUUAAACAUUUUAGAUUUGGUGUUGCACUGGAACCAUAAUGGAACACGAUUACAGACUUCUGUAUUGAUUACAAAAAUUCUGAGUACUGUAACAAUAACCAAAUCAAUUUAUCGGAUUAAUUUUAAUGUUCUGCUUUAGUGGUAGAGUGUGUGUGUGAUUUGCGUUUAUUAGUUUUGUUAAACCUUUAAAAAAUGUUUUAAGGUACUGAAGGAAAAUCCUUUAUGUUAUUGCAUUAAAUAAAGUUGUAAAUCUUACAUUUGCUGAACAA